AUGUCGAUUUCCAGGGCACAUGCCUGGCGCAAAGAACAAAGCCGACUGCAGGUUCUUCAGGAGGAUAUUAGGACACUGAAGGCCAAUUUGAAUGUUAUGCUUGAUGCAUCAAACUUGCACGAUAUGACAAAGAUCCGUUUGGAUAUCGAGGCUAUCUCGGCUGUCACAUUUGAAUCUUCCCAACAACAGAUGGCUCUGGGAAACAACUUUCUCAGUGGACUUGCUGCCGUCGAUCAGCGUAUAGCUAGAGUUGAGAAGAUGCUAUUGACACACCUCGCAUUGAACGGAAAUAUCGAUGGUCUCAAAUAUCUCUUCAGCAAAGGACUGGCUUCUCCACGCGAUGUCAGUACGACUCGCGGGUAUUCGGUUCUUCGGUGGGCCCUUUACGGCAAACAGUACGAGACCUGCGAAUUUUUGAUCCAUGCGGGUGCGGACACCGACUACAGACCAAUCUCUGCAAGCGACAAUAGCCCACGAAAUAAAGCCUGCCAUUUCCUUCUUAAAGGAGGACUCUCUGAUACUGCCGUUGGCGCUCUCCGUAUCAUUGCGAAAAACAGUUAUCUUGAAGAUUUCAUAGACGAAGCAAGAUUUACGAAGACUCAUCUAGGCUUGUCGAUAUUGAGCCUCGAGGACCAGAUAACCCACAGUCCGGAAGAUAUAAAUGCCGUUGAUGCCAUGGGUCGCACUGCGUUGGCUUGGGCCGCCGCCUGA